UUAACUGAGAAGCCACGUGUCUGCCAUUUUUAAAUUUCUUAUUUUAUUUAAAGGGAAACCAGCGAUUUGAAGAUGAGACUAAAUAUUGCCAUCUUCUUUGGGGCUCUCUUUGGCGCCUUGGGGGUUUUACUCUUUUUGGUGGCUUUUGGAUCGGAUUACUGGCUUCUUGCAACUGAAGUGGGGAAGUGUUCAGGUGAACAGAAUAUAGAGAAUGUCACUUUCCACCAUGAAGGAUUCUUCUGGAGAUGUUGGUUUAGUGGGAUUGCAGAAGAGAAUGAUUCCAGUAUCUGGAAGUUCUGGUACACCAAUCAGCCACCAUCCAAGAACUGCAUGCACGCUUACCUGUCACCAUAUCCCUUCACUAGAGGGGAGCACAAUUCAACCUCCUAUGACUCCGCUGUCGUUUACCGUGGUUUCUGGGCAGUCCUGAUGCUUCUGGGGGUCGUCGCCGUGGUGACCGCGAGCUUUCUGGUCAUCUGUGCAGCCCCCUUUGCGAGCCACGUUCUCUAUAAAGCCGGCGGAGGCGGGUACAUCGCUGCAGGCAUCCUGUUUUCCCUGGUGGUGAUGCUGUAUGUCAUCUGGGUCCAGGCAGUGGCUGACAUGGAAGGCUACAAAACCAUGAAAAUGAGAGACUGCUUGGAGUUCACCCCUUCUGUUCUGUACGGCUGGUCAUUUUUUCUGGCUCCAGCAGGGAUAUUUUUUUCUCUGCUAGCUGGAUUACUAUUUCUAGUUAUUGGACGGCAUAUUCAGGUACAUCACUAAUCAAACUGUUGCCACCCAUGUUUUCUCGAGAGGUUUUAAAACAGAGCAUUUUUUUUUCAUUUUGUUUUGUUGAUCCCUGUGGAGAAUUAGUUGAUGAGGUUUUUAGAUGCUAUUUAAAUUUUACUUUUGUAUUUUACUUGUGAUUUCCCCUGAUAGGAAGGUCCCAGAAUCUUUCCCCACAUCCACUUGUAUCCACCUUACAUAGAUGCUAACAAGAACCUAGUUCUCUAAGAAGCAGGCAAGGCCUCCCUUCAUUGCACCUGUUAGAGCUCACUCAGGUUACAAAGGCCUGUUAACGGUACAGGGUCAUCACCUGGGCCAAUGGAGCUUUGAUUUAAAACGUCCUUCUUGGCAUUCACGUCUGCUGCUAUUUUAAAAAUAUCUUUGGAGAAUAAUUAAGAAUGGAAAACAAAUGUUGUCAGAGAACUUAGUCCACUUCUUCUCCACACACAUGCAUAUCCACGUACACGUUCACUGACUCCUGUGAGCCAAUUAUUCAUGACUUAAACAUAGAGAGCCGUGUGCUCAGGCAGAGCCGUGCAAACACAUCAGAUAACGUGGGCCACAACCAGACUGAGAAUGCGUACUUACUCCACGUUCUCACCAACAGUAGUUUGGUUACUUACUUAAUCACUGAGGCUGCUUAGUGGUGCCUGCUUACCUAAACCUUAACUGUGUUUAAAAGUGGCAAAUCUGUACGCCAAAUCAGUCAUAAUGCAGACUGAGUUUUUGUGAGCUCAGUGGAUUAAUUGUAAUAUGUAACAUGAUUGAAAAUAACAGCCAAGCACCUUAGCUUAGUACAGAGUUCUGUUUGAUGUUUUAAAAUUCCUAUUUAAAAGUAUAUGCUAAUAUGUUCAGCAUGUGAAAAUCUAUUGAUGAAAUGUGCUUUUAAUAUACACUAGCUAUUAACUUUCAAAAUAUUUCCAUAUGAAAUAAUAGCCUUGCUUUAUUAAAGACUAUGAAAUAGUAACUUUUCCCAAGAUUUUAUGGGUUGUAGUUUGGUUUCCUUAAUUAUUGUCUCAGUUCCUUCAUCUUUACCAUAGGUAUAUUAACAUUUACAGAUCUUCCAUUUCCUUUCACCUCUUGGAAGAGAACUUUGUGCUGGUUCGUGGAUAAUUCUUUCUUACUUGCUAGUGUAGACAUGUAGGCGUUUUGCAUAUCAAAGAUGUUUGUUUGGCACUAAUAUUGAUUGACAUCAAAUCCAUCAGAGAAGCCUGAUUGCAUUUUGGAAAUCUCCACCAAGGAGCAGUUUGGUGUUGGUGAGGGAACAGAGAACCUGCGUGGUGUGCAAACUUUGUUCUGGGCACAGCAUUUUACCAUGCAGCUGUCGUGAAUCCCUAAGGCGGGACUACGGGACACGUUAAGUCAGAGUGACCACCGAGAAGAUGCAGUGGGGCAGGGGGGCGAUUGCUUUCCGUUCCGCAGCUCCCAUGAUGGAGGGAUUGCCUGUCUUCUUACACAUCUGUCCUUUCCAUUAACCUGUUUCUGUGGGGGGAUUUCUGGAGGGAUCACCAUGGUCCGAGGUAUCUGCAGAAUCAUUAGGGCAUUUUAGUGUUUAGUGACAGAUAGGAUUUGCCUGUAAUAAAAACGAAACACAAGACUACAAAAGACACACACACACACACACACACACACACACAGCUUCAGGGGUUUAACUGGUUUGUUUCUGAGUUAUAUCAUAAACGUUUUUUGUGAUACUUGCCUUUGUCCUUCCCCGUUUUCAUUUUUAUAUUGCUCCAUUUACUUCUUUGCUUUUGGCUUGAUUAUUAGAAAAAUAAUUAUGAGUUCUGUUAUGCAUAUUUGCUGUGAUAUUAAGUUAUGGCAUGCCACUAAGUUUUCCAGAUUAUGCUAGAUGUAUUUGAUUAGUUCAUGUCAUCUGUAAAUACAAUUCCUUUUCGUAGAACUUUGGAAUGGAGCCUUUUUUCUGGUGUAUUAUAUGUCAUUUGAAUUUCACAUACAAGCUGCUUUCAGUAAAGGUUUGAAUAUUUAUCAA